UGUUUCUUCACCUCCCGAACUACCCCUACAUGCAGGUCACAAAAUUACUUUUUGUUUGAAUUGAAUAGUUAGUUCUAGUUUCAGGUUCCAGCCUUACCCCACCUACCCGGUUACCCAAUGUGGUGAAACCGUCAACUGUCAAGUAAUGUGUUCCUGGUUCCUACUUCCUACAUUCCAGAGCAGUUUUCAUUUACUUCAGUGUUACUGUGUUAGUACAUACUGUGAAUCAUCAAGUUGUCAUUUAGUUUUGUCGGUUCAUCUACCAGGUAGUUUGAUAAUAACGUGCAAUUAUUUAUAUCGCGAUCAUUUUCGAAUAUUUUUUUCGUGCUAGUUCCAUCAGUAAGAAAAAAAUCAUGGCAUUCUACGACCCGAUGACAUCUAUUAAUGAUUUCGCGAGCCAGAUCGAUGAUUUGGAAAAGAAAAUUGCAAACCGACAGCUUAAUCCACCACAAGCAGGAAUAUUCUACGACCACCUAGAAUCAAUUUUCACAAAAACCAAACAAUAUGAAAUGGAUUUGAAAACCCGCUCGAAUAACUUCGAUCAGCAGAUGCCUAGGUACUUGAGUGCAAUGCGGGAAAUCUACAAGAAGACGAUUGAUCUGCAAAUGAAAUUGAACGAAUUUUUCCCUAUGGUCGAAUCAACGUCAACUGGACCAUUACAGUCUUCUUCGCAAGGAUUGACGGGAGUUCGUUCAGAACAAGCAAAGUUAUCGGAACUGGAAAAUAAACUACGAUCCUUGGAACUCAGAUUAUCCGCCUGUGAAAAUUUGACGGAUAGCAGGUUGUCUUAUCUUGAAACUUCGUACUUCGUGAAUUCAGGAGCACGUGGAUACUCGUAUAAUGGAUUGAACAGACGACGUAAUGAAUAUUACGGAAAUACUGGUCAUAGGUAUGGAAAUGGAUACGACAUCAACCUUAGCCCCCUUCAUGACCACCUUGACGACACAGCUAAUGAUUUGCACGAUUCUAUAUAUGAUCUUGAGGAUAAAUUUGAUGAAUUUAAGUACAAAUACGAACGUGAUCAACGAAACAUUCAGAAUAAACUGGAUGAAAUCAUGACAGCAAACAGAUCCCAGACCCAGAGACAGAAUAAUUAUUGUAAAUGCAUGACAUGUGAUCCCAUAAACGGGCGCUAUCAGUUUUGCAUUCGUAAUAAUUCUCAAGCAAAUAAUUCAACGAGACAAUCUUAUUUCAACCGAAACGCAAAUCCGCGAUCUAAUUAUAAUUCUUACUACGACCCUUCAUACAAUUAUGAUAAUAUAUUUGGAUCUAGCUUUAUUUAAACGAAUGAAAUAAUGUAAGUACGUACGUGUAGGUAGUUUAAAAAUAUUUUCUAAGAACGCGGUACGCAUAAUUACAGUUAUUAGACUUAAAACAUACUAGAAUAAUUUAGAUAAUUUUCAAUAUUUUAAGAUUUCAAUAUGUAUGUACUAGAUAUCGAAUUUGAAAAGUAAAUAAAAGUAUAUAAAAUGAA